AUGUAUAUAGGGGUACUAUCUGAUGAAAUUGAUGAUAAUUUUGAUUUAAAAAAUGAUUCUAAAUUUGGAGGUGAUCCGUUGUGGUUAUGUGGAAAAGAACCAGCAAAUAUACACUUAAAAUGUACCAUAUGUAAAAAAGACUUAAUAUUUUUAUUUCAAUUAUCAACAUCAUAUGAUGAAUACAUAAGAAUAAUAUAUAUAUUUUGUUGUGUGAAUAGCACUAAAUGUAACAUGGAUAAAAGAAAUUGGGUUUGUAUUAAAGCAAAAAAAAAGUUAUUAGAUAACUCAGAAUAUAAGAAAAUAGAAGAUAAAAAUGGUUUAAAUAUGCAUGAAGUGUGUUCAGAUAAAAAUAUAAAAAUCAACAGGUAUUGCUCUACAUCUUCAAAAAAGAUUGAAGAUAAUGGAAAAACUACUUUUAGUUUCUCUGGUGAAAAUACUGAAAAGGAAGAUGUGUUUCAAGAAAAAAUAAUUUGUAGAAAAGAAAAACUAAUUGAUUGGAAUUCCUUAUUUUCAAAAAGUGUCAAAGAUGAAAAGUCAAAUAUUCCUCUUUUUAAUUAUUCCAUAAAUAAAAGUCUAAACUACGUAAAUCAGAAAAAUGAAAACAAUCAUAAUAUAAACUCUAAUAAUAUCAAUACAUAUGAAACAUACUAUGAUAAAUCGUACGACUUAAUAAAUUCCAAGAUUACAUUUGACAACAAAAAAGAACUAAAUAAAUGCUAUAAAAUGAAUCAUGAAAAUGUAAAUAUUAUACCAAGCAAUGAUUCUAAACUUCCCAGCUAUUAUAUAUAUUUAGUAGAAGAUGAUGAAGAAUAUGAUAAAGACUAUUUAUAUGAAAAAGCAAAGAAAAUGUAUGAGAUGUAUGAACAUAAUAAACACAUUUUAGAACAUGAAGAAUGUAAUAAUGAAGGAAAUGAUGACAUAGAUAAUAAUGAAGAAAGUUUUGAAAACGAUUUUAAUGGAUGCAUAAAAUUUUAUUCAUAUUUAAGUAAAAAUUAUAAUCAAAUUUUAAGAUAUUCAUACAAAGGUAAAUUUUUAUAUAUGCAUAAACAAACAAAGAAUUACUUAAAAGGUAAAAAUAUGUUGUGUGCACAUUGCAAAAGCAAGUUAGUGUUUGAGUUACAAUUUUUUUCUACUUUUAUAUACCAGAUAGAAAAAAAACUUCAAAAUAAAGAGAAUAAUGUUUUAAAAAAUAUUAUAAAUAAUUUUAGUGUAGGAAACGUAAUAAUAUUUUCUUGUGAAAUGGAUUGUGUUAGUAUCGAUGAUAUAUAUUCAUAUGAGCAUAUUGAACUUGAAAUUUUUUAG